CGGUCACAUGACUCCAGCCUAGAGCGUCGAUCGCACUGCGGCUCCCGCCCCGGCGAAUUCUCGCCCCCGCGCGGCCGUUGCCGAGGAGACGGCGCAGUCUCACGGCGCGUUGCCCCCUCUGCAGUCCCCCCGCCCCUCUUCUCCCACCACAAUGAGAUCCUAAGAUGGCGGUGGCUGCGGCGGUUGGCGCCGACUAGCUAAGGUAGAGAAGGCGGCCAUUGGGCCCUAGGCAGCCAGGGAACUUGUGGGUGCUCCCUGCUCUGGUCUCUGAGGGAGGACCCCUGCCGGUGGCGGGUCGCAGGGCCUGGCCGCCACUCCACCCUCGGCAGGAGGGGCUGCUUCGUUUACAGGUCUGUGUCAUGUGCCUUAUGAGUAACGGAUCGUAAUUUGGCGCUGGAAGAAGCGGGCUUUCUGGGCGCCCCUAUCACCCCCGCCUCAUAACUGCUUUCCAGACUCCGCCUUCUGGUAUUCUCUGGUUACCGGAGUGGGUGUUCGAGAGCUUCGCGUGCACCUGCUCUUUUCUUUGCCUAUCACCUUCCCGGUGAGAGUCCUGGAAACCAUUAUAAGGAGUUUUUGAACAGAAGCAGGCAACAGCUUUGAAGUGUGAAGCAGAGAAGGAGCCGUUUCUGAGCUUUAAAACUAGUUUUAAACAGGUACUUGACCAUCUUAAGUAUGGAGAAGAAAUUGAGAAAUUCCUCAAAUGAAACUGAUUAAACAACACAUAAUACCAAAUACUUAAGCAUUUUCUUCUCCGUUUCCAUUAAAAGUGCUUAGUACAAUUGGACACUGUAUGAAGACUUUCAGAACAGUGUACCAGAAAAUUAAUUGGUGAAGCUAGGAUGGCUACAGGAGGAGGUCCUUUUGAAGAAGGCAUGAAUGAUCAGGAGAUAGCAAACUGGAGCACUGAAGGUGUUGAUGACCGACUUAACAAUAUGGAUUGGGGUGGUCAACAGAAGAAAGCAAACAGAUCAUCAGAAAAGAAUAAGAAAAAGUUUGGUGUAGAAAGUGAUAAAAGGGUAACUAAUGAUAUUUCUCCGGAGUCAUCACCAGGAGUUGGAAGGCGAAGAACAAAGACUCCACAUACGUUUCCACAUAGUAGAUAUGUGACUCAGAUGUCUGUUCCGGAGCAGGCAGAACUAGAGAAACUCAAACAGCGGAUAAACUUCAGUGAUUUAGAUCAGAGAAGCAUUGGAAGUGAUUCUCAAGGUAGAGCAACAGCUGCCAACAACAAACGUCAGCUUGGUGAAAACCGAAAGCCCUUCAACUUUUUGCCGAUGCAGAUUAAUACUAACAAGAGUAAAGAGGCUGCUGUAAGUCCUCCAAAGAGAGAAGUGAUUGGAUCAGCACAAUGUAAAGAGUUGUUUGCCUCCGCUUUAAGUAAUGACCUUUUGCAAAACUGUCAAGUCUCUGAAGAAGAUGGAAGAGGAGAGCCUGCAAUGGAGAGCAGCCAGAUUGUAAGCAGGCUUGUUCAGAUUCGUGAUUAUAUUACUAAAGCUAGUUCCAUGCGGGAAGAUCUUGUAGAGAAAAAUGAAAGAUCUGCUAAUGUUGAGCGCCUUACUCAUCUAAUAAAUCACCUUAAAGAACAAGAAAAGUCAUAUAUGAAAUUUCUCCAAAAAAUCCUUGCUAGAGAAAAUGAGGAGGAGGAUGUUCGGACUAUAGAUUCAGCUGUGGGAUCUGGUUCUGUAGCUGAGAGCACAUCGCUAAACAUAGAUGUGCAGUCUGAGGCUUCAGAUACCACGGAGGCAUCUUUUAGUCUGAGAAUUCGGCCGUGCAUUGAGGACAAACUAGGGAAUUCAGCUUCACAAGAACAGGUUUCAGACGUUACCACAAGUCCAAAAGGGAAAGGUGACAGACCUCCUCAGAAUGACAGGGAACUGAGGCCUGAUAGGAAAUAUAGCCGAAAACGUGGAUUUCCCUCAAAGGCCAGAGAUCCUCAGCAGGAACCUAUGGAGGAGAUAGAAAAUUUGAAGAAACAGCAUGACUUAUUAAAAAGGAUGUUACAGCAGCAGGAGCAGCUGCGAGCCCUGCAGGGACGACAGGCUGCUCUUCUCGCUCUGCAGCACAAAGCCGAGCAAGCUAUCGCUGUGAUGGACGAUUCUGAAAAGGCUGCAGGGACAGCUCCUGGCCGUCAUACUGUACCAGGCCCACAGCCAGCCUGCUCUCCUUUUCAUCAGAGAGCACCCUCAAGAGUUGUAACAGAAACAGCAGGUAGCCUAUCUGGAGUUAGUAUCACAUCUGAACUAAACGAGGAAUUGAAUGACUUGAUUCAGCGUUUUCAUAAUCAGCUUCGUGAUUCUCAGCCUCCAACUGUUCCAGACAAUAGAAGACAGGCAGAAAGUCUUUCAUUAACUAGGGAGGUUUCCCAGAGCAGGAAUCCAUCUGUUUCAGAACACUUACCUGAUGAGAAAGUACAGCUCUUUAGCAAAAUGAGAGUAUUACAGGAAAAGAAACAAAAAAUGGACAAACUGCUCGGGGAACUUCAUACACUUCGAGAUCAGCAUCUGAACAACUCAUCAUUUGUGCCUUCCUCAGCUUCUCCACAGAGAAGUGUGGAUCAGAGAAGCACAGCUGUGGCUCCCUCUGCCCCCGCCGGCUUAGCACCAGUCAGUGGAGAAGCCAGUAGCCUCACGUCAUCUGUUCCUUAUCCUGUUGCUUCUCUAGCUGCUCAGAAUGAGAGUGAAAAUGAAGGACAGCUGAAUCCAACCGAAAAACUCCAGAAGUUAAAUGAAGUUCGAAAGAGAUUGAAUGAACUAAGAGAAUUAGUUCAUUAUUAUGAACAAACAUCAGAUAUGAUGACAGAUGCUGUAAAUGAAAACACAAAAGAUGAAGAAACUGAAGAGUCGGAGUAUGAUUCUGAACAUGAAAACUCUGAGCCUGUUACUAACCUUCGAAAUCCACAAGUAGCUGCCACUUGGAAUGAAGUAAAUAGUAAUUCUAAUGCACAGUGUGUUUCUAAUAAUAGAGAGGGGAGAUCAGGCAAUUCUAAUUGUGAAAUUAACAACAGAUCUGCUACCAACAUAAGGGCUCUAAACAUGCCUCCUUCUUUAGAUUGUCACUAUAAUAGAGAAGGAGAACAGGGGAUUCAUGUUGCACAAGGUGAAGAUGAUGAGGAAGAGGAGGAAGAAGCAGAAGAUGAGGGAGUCAGUGGGGCUUCAUUAACUAGUCAUAGGAGCAGUCUGGUUGAUGAGGCUCCAGAAGAUGCUGAAUUUGAACAGAAGAUCAAUAGACUUAUGGCUGCAAAACAGAAACUUAGACAGUUACAAGAUCUUGUUGCUAUGGUACAGGAUGAUGAUGCAACAGAUCAAGGCGUUAUCUCUGCCAAUACUUCAAAUUUGGAUGAUUUCUACCCAGCAGAAGAAGGCAACAAACAGAAUGCAAAUAACACUAGAGGAAAUACCAAUAAAACACAGAAAGAUGCUGGAAUAAAUGAAAAGGCAAGAGAGAAAUUUUAUGAGGCUAAACUACAGCAGCAACAGAGAGAGCUCAAACAUUUGCAGGAAGAAAGAAGGAAGCUGAUUGGGAUUCAAGAGAAAAUUCAAGCAUUGCAAAAGGCAUGUCCUGACCUACAGCUGUCAGCCACUAGUGCGGGUAAUUGUCCCACAAAAAAAUAUAUCCCAGCUGUUACUUCAACCCCAGCUGUUAAUGGAAAUGAAACCAGUACAAGCAAAUCUGGUUUUGAGCCUGAAGAUCCUUCAGUAGUAGAUAAUGAGCUGUGGUCAGAGAUGCGAAGACAUGAGAUGUUAAGGGAAGAGCUAAGACAGAGAAGAAAGCAGCUUGAAGCUCUGAUGGCUGAACAUCAGAGGAGGCAAGGUCUAGCUGAAACUACAUCUCCAGUGGCUAUUUCAUUGAGAAGUGAUGGAUCUGAGAACCUGUGUACGCCUCAGCAGAGUAGAACGGAAAAAACAAUGGCAACUUGGGGAGGUUCUACUCAGUGUGCACUAGAUGAAGAAGGAGAUGAAGAUGGUUACCUUUCUGAAGGAAUUGUUCGGACAGAUGAAGAGGAGGAAGAAGAAGAGCAAGAUGCCAGUUCCAAUGAUAACUUUUCAAUGUAUCCUCCUAACAGUGUGAAUCAAAACUCUUACAAUGUAAAGGAAACUAAGAAUAGGUGGAAGAACAGUCGCCCUUUUUCAGCAGAUGGAAAUUAUCGUCCUUUAGCCAAGACAAGACAGCAGAAUAUCAGCAUGCAGCGCCAAGAAAACCUUCGUUGGGUGUCGGAACUCUCUUAUGUGGAGGAGAAAGAACAAUGGCAAGAACAAAUCAAUCAGCUAAAGAAACAACUGGAUUUCAGUGUCAAUAUUUGUCAGACUUUGAUGCAAGACCAGCAGACAUUAUCUUGUCUGCUACAAACUCUUCUCACGGGUCCCUACAGUGUCAUGCCCAGCAAUGUUGCGUCUCCUCAAGUACACCUUAUAAUGCACCAGUUGAACCAGUGCUAUACUCAGCUGACGUGGCAACAGAAUAACGUGCAAAGGUUGAAACAAAUGCUAAAUGAACUUAUGCGCCAACAAACUCAGCACCCAGAAAAACCCGGAAGCCAGGAAAGAAGCAGUGGUGCAUCUCACACCUCUUCUCCCAGUUUAUUUUGUCCUUUCAGCUUUCCCUCACAGCCUGUAAAUCUGUUUAACCUACCUGGGUUUACUAAUUUUUCAUCGUUUGCACCGGGUAUGAAUUUCAGCCCUUUAUUUCCUUCUAAUUUUGGAGAUUUUUCUCAGAAUAUUUCGACACCCACUGAACAACAGCAACCAUUAGCCCAGAAUUCUUCAGGGAAAACAGAAUAUAUGGCUUUUCCAAAACCUUUUGAAAGCAAUUCUUCUAUUGGAGCAGAAAAACAAAGGAAUCAAAAACAGCCCGAAGAGGAGGUGGAAAACAGUAGGACACCAUGGUUAUAUGACCAGGAAGGUGAAGUAGAAAAACCAUUUAUCAAGACUGGAUUUCCAGUGCCUGUAGAGAAAACUACAAAUAGUAAUCGCAAAAAUCAGUUAGAUACCAGCCGGAGAAGACGCCAGUUUGAUGAAGAGUCUUUAGAAAGCUUUAGCAGUAUGCCUGAUCCAGUAGAUCCAACAACAGUAACUAAAACAUUCAAGGCAAGAAAAGCAUCUGCACAGGCCAGCCUGGCAUCUAAAGAUAAAACUCCCAAGUCAAAGAAUAAGAAAAGGCAUUCUACCCAGCUGAAAAGCAGAGUUAAAAAUAUUGGGUAUGAAAGUGCCAGUAUGUCUAGCACAUGUGAACCUUGCAAAAGUAGGAACAGACAUUCAGCCCAGACUGAAGAGCCUGUUCAAGCAAAAGUAUUCAGCAGAAAGAAUCAUGAGCAGCUGGAAAAAAUAAUAAAAUAUAGUAGGUCUACAGAAAUAUCUUCAGCACAUGCUAGGAGAGUGCUACAGCAGUCUAACAGAAAUGCAUGCAAUGAAGCGCCAGAAACUGGGAGUGAUUUUUCCAUGUUUGAAGCUUUGCGGGAUACCAUUUAUUCUGAAGUAGCUACAUUAAUUUCUCAAAAUGAAUCUCGUCCACAUUUUCUUAUUGAACUCUUCCAUGAGCUUCAGCUGCUUAAUACAGACUAUUUGAGACAGAGGGCUUUAUAUGCAUUGCAGGACAUAGUAUCCAGACAUAUUUCUGAGAACCAUGAAAAAGAAGGGGAAAAUGUAAAGUCAGUGAAUUCUGGUACUUGGAUAGCCUCAAACUCAGAACUUACCCCCAGUGAAAGCCUUGCUACCACUGAUGAUGAAACUUUUGAGAAGAACUUUGAGAGAGAAACACAUAAAAUAAGUGAGCAAAAUGAUGCUGAUAAUGCUAGCGUCAUGUCUGUAUCUUCAAAUUUUGAGCCAUUUGCAACAGAUGAUCUAGGUAACACUGUGAUUCACUUAGAUCAGGCAUUAGCCAGAAUGAGAGAAUAUGAGCGCAUGAAGACCGAGGCCGAGAGGAGCACAAACACAAGAUGCACCUGCAGGAUUGUUGAGGAUGAGGACGGUGCUGCCGCCGCGGCUACCGUUCCUAACUUGGAAGAAACUCCCAUUGAAAAUUGUAGUUCACAACAACCUGUAAGCGAAGUUUCUACUGUCCCGUGUCCUAGAAUUGAUACUCAGCAGCUGGACCGGCAAAUUAAAGCCAUUAUGAAAGAAGUCAUUCCUUUUUUGAAGGAGCACAUGGAUGAAGUAUGCUCUUCUCAACUUCUAACUUCAGUGAGACGCAUGGUUUUGACCCUUACCCAGCAAAAUGAUGAGAGCAAAGAGUUUGUAAAGUUCUUUCAUAAACAGCUUGGAAGUAUAUUACAGGAUUCACUGGCAAAAUUUGCUGGCAGAAAACUCAAAGACUGUGGAGAAGAUCUUCUUGUAGAAAUAUCUGAAGUGUUGUUUAAUGAAUUGGCUUUCUUUAAGCUCAUGCAAGAUUUGGAUAAUAAUAGUAUAACUGUUAAACAGAGAUGCAAAAGGAAAAUAGAAGCAGCUGGAGUGAUACAGUCUUAUGCCAAAGAGGCCAAAAGGAUUCUUGAAGGAGAUCAUGGCUCACCUGCUGGAGAAAUUGAUGAUGAAGACAAAGACAAGGAUGAGACCGAAACAGUUAAGCAGACUCAAACAUCUGAGAUGUAUGAUGGUGACGGUCCCAAAAACGUGAGAUCUGAUGUUUCUGAACAAGAGGAAGAUGAAGAAAGUGAAGAAUGUCCAGUGUCUAUUAACUUAUCCAAAGCUGAAACUCAGGCUUUGACGAAUUACGGAAGUGGAGAAGAUGAGAAUGAAGAUGAAGAGAUAGAAGAAUUUGAGGAGGGACCUGUAGAUGUUCAGACUUCACUUCAGGCCAACACUGAAACUGCGGAAGAAACUGAACACGACGAUCAGGUACUACAACAUGACUUUGAAAAAUCAGGAGAAAGCAAAAAUGUCCCAUCAGAACAAGAACCCACUACUAGUAAAGAUGACCAAGAUAGCACUCCUGUGAAACCCUGUUACCUCAACAUCUUGGAAAAUGAGCAACCUUUAAAUAGCGCCAUCCAAAAGGACUCUCUUACUACCAUUGAUUCAUCUAAACAGCCUAACCCUUUGCCUUUACCUUUAACUGAAAUUGAAACCUUGGUGCCUGCAGUCAAAGAAGUUAAAUCUGCCCAGGAAACUCCUGAAAGCUCUUUGGCCGGAAGUCCUGACACUGAAUCUCCAGUGUUAGUCAAUGACUAUGAAGCAGAGUCUGGUAACAUAAGUCAAAAAUCUGAUGAAGAAGACUUCGUGAAAGUUGAAGAUUUACCACUUAAACUGACAAUAUAUUCAGAGGCAGACCUAAGGAAGAAAAUGGUAGAGGAAGAACAGAAAAACCAUUUAUCUGGUGAAAUAUUAUGUGAAAUGCAGAGUGAAGAAUUAGCUGGGAAUUCUCAGACACUAAAAGAACCUGUCUUCACAGCAUCUUCCCCAGGAGUAGAUUGUCUCUCCAGGAACCACUGUCUGUGCUCAUCCAUAAGAAGGAACCCCUCAUCCAUUCAAGUGUUACGAGAAUGCAGCAGUUCAGUCACAUCAUCAAGCUAAUUCUAAUUCUCUUAUUUCUACCACAUCUGCAGUUACUUCCUCCACUGAAGUCUGGAACCUUCAUAGUCAUCCUUGAGUGUCGGCAUCCACUUCUUUUAAACUCCUGUUAACAUUGAUAUUUUGACCUCUCCUCAUGAAUCACAAACGUUCUUCGUGGCAUCUAGAAUGGUGAAUCCUUUCCAGGUUUAGUUUACGUUGCCCAGAUCCACUUCAGGAAUCGCUCUGUGGCAGCUACAGCCGUACAAAAGGUAUUUCUUCAAAAGUAAGAUUCUAAAGUCAAAAAUACACCUUGAUCCAUGGGGUGCAGAAAGGAUGUUGCGUUAGCACGCAUGAAAACAACAUAAAUCAUGUUGUACGUCGCCAUCAGAGCUCUUUGGUACAAUGUUAAUGAGCAGUAAUAUUUUGAAAGAAAUUUUUUUUUCUGAGCUGUUAGGUGUCCAUCAUGGGCUUAAAAUAGUAAACCAUGUUGCCAACAGAUGUGCUUUGUUUACAGAAUGGCCUGUGGGCAUUGGCUUCAACUUAAAAUCACCAGCUUCGAUAGCCCCUAACAGAGUCAGCCUGUUCUUUGAAACUCUGAAGCUAGGCAUUGACUUCUCUCUAGCUAUGAAUGUCUUGGAUGGCAUCUUCUUCCAAAAGAAGGCUACUUCACCCGCACUGAAAAUUUGUCGUUUAGGGGCACCUGCGUGGCUCAGUCGGUUGAGUGUGCGACUUGAUUUCCGCUCAGGUCACGAUCCCAGGGUUGUGGGAUCAAGCCCCACAUCGGGCUCCUUAAGAUUUCCUCUCUCCCUCUGCCCCUCUUGCCCACUCGCACAUUCUCUCUCAAUUAAAAAUAUAUAUAUAUUGUUUAGACACCUGCAUCAGUUAUCUGGAUAACUUGCUACAUCUUCUACAUCAGCACUUGCCGCUUCAUCCUGCACUUUUAUAUUAUGGAGAAGGCUUCUUUCCUUAAAUCUCAUGAACCAAUCUCUGCCAGGUUUCUACUUUCCUGUUGAAGCUUCCUCACCUCUCUGAGCCUUCACAGGAUUGAAAAGAGUUAGGGCCUUGCUCUAGAUUAAGCUUUGGCUUAAGGGAAUGCUGUGGUUGGUUUGAUGAUCUAUCCAGACCACUCAAACUUUCUCCCUAUCACCAAUAAGGCUGUCUCACUUUAUCAUUCAUGUGUUCACCAGAAUGCCACUUUCAGUUUCCUUCAAGAACUUACUUGCAUUCUCAACCUGGCCUGCCCGUUUGGUGUAAGAGGGCCAGCUUUCAGUCUUUCUUGGCUUUCUAUGUGCCUUCCUCAGCGAGCUGCGUCAUUGUGAGCUUCUGAUUUAAAGUGACAGACACAGCAACCUACUUAAUGGGAGAUUUGUCAAUGACGUAACCAAUAAAGAGUUAAUAUCCAAAAUAUAUGUAGAAUUCCUAAAACCCAAUAGCAAAAAAAAAAAGAUUAAAAAUGUGUAGACGAUCCGAAAAGACAUUUUUCCAAAACAGACAUACAGAUGCUCACCAUCACUAAUGACAGAAAUGCAAAUAAAAACCACAAUGAGAUAGCACUUCACACUAGUCAAAGUGACUAGUAUCAGGCAAGAUGUAACGUGUUGGCAACCAUGUGUAGCAAAGGGAACCCUCGCGCACUGCUGAGAAUGCAAACUAGUGUACCCGCUGUGGAAAACACUGGAAAAAUUAAAACAUGACCCAAUAAUUCUGCUACUGGCUAUUUACCCAAAGAACAAGAAAAAGAAAACACUAAUUCAAAAAGAUACAUGCACCCCUAUGUUUACUGCAGUAUCAUUUACAAUAAGCUAACAUAUGGAAACAACAAAGUAUCCAUUGAUAGAUGAAGAUGUGGUGUAUGCAUGUAUAUAAAACGGAGUAUUACCCAGCUGUAAAAAAGAAUGAGAUCUUAACAUUUACAACAACAGGGAUGAACCUAGAGGGUAUUCUGCUAAGUGGAAUAAGAGAAAGAUAAAUACCAUGUGACUUCAUUCAUACGUGGAAUCUAAAAAACAACCCCCUGCCCCCCAGAUUUGUACAUACAGAAAACCUGUGGUUGCUAGAGAAGGUGGGGGUGGUGGGGAACUAAGGGGAUUAUAAGAGGUACAGACUUUCCAAGGAAAAAAAGAAAGAGAUAUAUGGUUUACCUUGCAUUGGAACCCUUAGAAGCCACUGUAAAGUUAUUAAGUGGGCUGGGGCGCCUGGGUGGCUCAGUCCAUUAAGUGUCUUGACUUCAGCUCAGGUCAUGAUCUUAUGGUUCGUGGGUUCGAGCCCUGAGUCGGGCUCUGUGCCGCUGAACACUUGGUCAGAGCCUGGGGCCUGCUUUGGAUUGUGUGUCUCCUCUCUGCCCCUUCCCCGCUCAAGCUCUGUCUCAAUCUUUCUCACAAAAAUAAAUCAAUGUAAUAAACAAGUUAUUAAGUGGCCUAA